GGAGUGCAACUACCUUUGCCCACCCAUAGCUCACAGACACUUCCUCCCUCCCUCCGUCUCCACAGUCCACGCUGUUUCUCAAGCUCCUCAGCCUUUUGCUCGAGCGGCUGGUCGCGGAGGCAACGGCGGCGAAGAUGAGGGCAGGGGCGGAAGCGGCAGCGGCGGCGGCGGGGGUUGCGGCAUUGUUGGCUUUGAUGCCACUGCUCGCCCAGGCCAUUGCCAUAGACAGAGUGAGGCAAUUGGCAGCUAAAAACAACGUGACCUGCGUUCUGGUCUUCGGGGACUCGAGCGUUGACUCAGGGAACAACAAUGUGCUCCAGACCACAAUGAAGAGCAACUUCCCUCCUUAUGGAAGAGACUUCUUGAAUGGCCGCCCAACUGGGAGGUUCUGCAAUGGCAGGCUCGCCACUGAUUUUAUUGCCGAGGCACUUGGGUACACCAAGGCAAUCCCAGCAUUUCUUGACCCGAAGCUGACCAAAUCGGAUGUGCUUCACGGGGUCAGCUUUGCAUCCGCUGCUUCUGGGUAUGACGAUUUCACUGCCAACAUCUCGACCGUGCUCUCGGUAUCGAAGCAGCUGGAGUACUUUCUGCAUUACAAGAUCCACCUGAGCAAGUUCGUGGGUGGGAAGAAGGCGGAAGAGAUCAUCAACAAUGCAGUGUUCGUCGUGAGCAUGGGAACGAACGACUUCAUCCAGAAUUACUACCUGGACCCAACUCGUCCCAAGCAAUACUCCUUGCAAGCCUACCUCAACUUUUUGAUCUCCUGCAUGUCUCGUGACAUUCAGGAAAUGCACAGAUUGGGAGCCAGGAGAUUGGUCAUCGUCGGGAUCCCGCCUCUGGGAUGCUUGCCGCUUGUCAAAACCCUAAUGGACACGGCCACUUGCCACCAAGACUACAACAAGAUAUCUUCCUCUUUCAAUUCUCUGACUAGGAGAAGACUGGACUCCCUAAGGAAAAGCAAAGGGCUCAAGACUGCGUUCGUGGAUGCUUACGCCAUCAUCCAAGACGCGAUCAACCGCCCCGGCAGAUACGGUUUGACGGAGACGACCAAAGGGUGUUGCGGGACAGGAACGGUGGAGUAUGGGGAAUCAUGCAAAGGGCUCACCACAUGUUCGGAGCCGGAGAAGUAUGUCUUCUGGGACGCCGUUCAUCCGACCGAGAAGAUGUACAAGAUCCUUGCCCUCGAGGCCAUUGCCUCGUUCGACGAAAGCCUUCUUGCCUAGAACACCUCUCCGAUGUCUUUCGGGGAUUCUCGAUGUUGUGCCGUCGAAUUCAAUCUUGCUCCUAGGACAUGAUUCUCCACUAGGCAGUCAUGUGAUUUCAUCGUUCUAGCUGGUAUGUGUGACUAAUAGUGUUGACUCGUAUUCCCGAUCGAAGCGAUAUACGUCACCAAUAGUUCACUUUCGGUUGUAGUACGAAGCGUCGUUUGCUCAAUGUUUCGAUUCUUUUGCCAACGAGAAUAGUCUAUCUGUUCCCAUU